GUUGGUCGUUGUGCAGUGGAGGAGGGUGCAUGCAGGAACCACGUGGUGACGAGGGGGUGAACACGCUGUACAUAACCGUAAGCAUAAAUACAUCCGGCUGCGUCGCUCUGUACGUGUGUGAGGGGGAUGCAGUGCAGGCAGCCCACGUUAAAAUCUCCGGCCAACACAAAUCUUUUAAACGUCCUUCGGAAAGCAUCGAUUAGAACGGUUAUCGGUUUUGAAACGUCGCUCAGUUCGUUAACGUACUUUGCCCAGGAAGCACCUCACCAUCCGGGGUCCUUCGCUUCCUGCAGCCAGUCAAGUCAGUGGUAGUGCAGUGACCCUCCCUGCAAGAAGGAUGCUCACCUACAGCAAUAAGGAACCGACGAGCAAAUCGCCGACGGUCGGAACGACCUCCGCCGGAACGAUGAUUUCGUCCAAGGUGCCCUUCUCGAUUGAGGAUAUUCUGUUCCAGAACAACAAUAACAACAACAAUAGUAACGCGAAUUUUAACGUGAAAUCAGUGUCGACGGGAUCGGAACGAAGGAUUCAAGGGUCGCAGCACGUGAUCGAUAGCGGGGGUGGAAGCAAUAGCAGUAGUGCUUCGUCCGAAUCAGGAAGUGUUCGGAAGGUGCCACAGUUUGUGCAAAAUAGUGGAAACAACAGCAACAACACAAAUAACAGCCAUAGUAAUAGUAGUGAUAAUGGUAGAAAAUUGAGUGAUACUAGCGUGAUAAAUAGUGGUAGCAAUAGUGUGCAUAACAACGGUCACAAUGGAAUUAGUAGCAGUGAAGAGGAUUACCGGAAGGCGUUGCAGGCGGAAAGGUACAGCAAGCUAAACAACAAUCAGCAUGGUCCUGCCAGCGUCAACGGUCCACCGCCGCACCCAUCCGGCGGAGGUUGCCCUCCUCCUCACCAGCAACCACCCCAGCAGCCACAGGCACAGUUCAGCAGUCCAAACCCCGGGCCGGUCAUCUACCCGGGCAGUCCGUACGGCGAUCCGGGCUAUCUUCAGAUGGCUCUCGGUGCCUAUCUUGCCCCGUCGGCCAGCGGCUACAAGACCGUCGAUCCGUACUUUCUUUCCCAGGCGGGUCUCUUUGCCGGUUCUCCGCUGUUCCCGGGUGGAGGCUGCCCGGACAUAGCGCUCGGGCUGGGCAUGGGCAUGAGCGCGCUGAGGCACUGCCGACGCCGGAAGGCCCGGACCGUGUUCAGCGAUCCCCAGCUGACCGGGCUGGAGAAACGGUUCGAAGCUCAACGGUACCUUUCGACACCGGAACGGGUUGAGCUGGCAUCGGCGUUGGGGCUCAGCGAGACGCAGGUGAAAACGUGGUUCCAGAACCGUAGGAUGAAGCACAAGAAGCAGUUGCGAAGACGGGAGGUCAGCAAUUCGGCUGCUGAACCCGUGGACUUUUCGCGUAACGAAUCCGGCGGCACAUCCGGUGGCAGCAGCGGCAGUUCCGGCGGCACCUCUUCGUCCACCACCAGCGGCCGGUUGAAUCCGGACAAAGGCUCCUACCAGCCUGGUUACCCUGGAAAACCACAUCCCAACGGAAAGCUUGGCGUCAUCGGGCCGGGUCCAAUGGUGGGAGGUCUGCUCAAGGGGCUGCACAGUUCGGCGAAUUCUCCGUUCAGUCUGGUUAGGAGGGCAAUUGCCGACCGGAAUGGGGAUUUGCUCAGUGAUGACGACGACGAUGACUAUGGAAACGACUCGGACGAGGAUUGCAGCGAUGUGGACAUUAUUGGGGAUGAGAAGGGUUAUAUGUCGUAGAGAGCAAGGGUGGAUUCGAAGGGAAAAGGGUUAGGACGUUAAUUAGAGCGCGUGUUCAAUUCUAGUCAUGUUUCUUGUGGGAAGCAAGUGUAAUCAAAUUUGUACAGAAUUAGUCGUUUCCGUGAGUGUGAUUCAGCUGUAGAUAAGAAAUCUGCAUUAAUGUAUAGCAAUCCCCUGUGUAAAUAAAUCAAAGCAUUGUAGCAUUCUAAAAUAAACCAAAAUCAAUCAAA